AUGGUUGAUCUUGUUGGGCCGGAUCCAGAGGUCUAUUCCGUUGAUUCUGCUCUUGGCAAAACUCUUGGCAAACGUCCAGUUGCCAAGGCUUUUAGUAUUUUGCCAGGGCUUCUACCCCUGGCAAAAUGCAACAUUUCUUGUAGUGAGAAAAAGAAGUAUGAAGAUAGAGAGGAGAUGAUUAAAUGGGCUAAUUGUCAAGCAAUAGAGGCGGGAUUUGAGCUUAUAAUAGAUAAAUCCUAUAGUGAUUCCGGACGUAAAAAAAAACUGAAGCUUGUUUUAGCUUGUGAAAGAAGUGGGGAGUACAAAGGAACAAAAAAGUGUAAACGAGAAGGCAUAGGACUGCAUAAUCAUAAGAUGGAGCCAAAGUUAGAAGGUCAUAUGUUGGCUGGUCGUUUAACUGCAAAAGAUUCAAAGAUUGUUGGUGACAUGACAAGAAAUUUGAUAAAACCAAAAAAGAUUAUGUUGGAUUUGAAAGGUAGACGGAGAGACAAUAUGACAGUUGCCAAACAAAUAUACAAUGCCUGUCAGAGAUACAAACUGAGUAUCUGA